AUGGCCGAUAUCAAACCUCCUUUUACCGAAGAAUCGGCCAGGAAAAAGGUCAAAGCUGCUCAGAACAUGUGGAACACUCAAGACCCCUCGCGAGUCGCACAAGCAUACACUCCAACUUGCAUCUGGCGUAACCGUACCUUUUUCUUCUCGGGCACGGACGCCAUUGUCGAGUUUCUCACGGCCAAAUGGAAGCGCGAGCACAACUAUCGCCUGCGGAAGGAACUAUUCGCUUUCCGGGACGAUCGGAUCGCGGUUCAAUUCUGGUAUGAGUAUCAAGAUGCGGAUGAUGGGAUGCGAUGGAAGAGGUGCUAUGGUCUGGAGGACUGGACUUUUGAUCGCGAGACGGGGAAGAUGUGCAAGCGUAUGAUGAGUGGGAAUGAUGUACUUCUCGGGCCGGACGGGAAUGGGGAGGGGCGCUGGUUUGUUGACGGGGUUGAUGUUGAUGAGGUCUUGAUCAGCCAAGAACAUUGGUGA